AUGGCCAUGCUUGCCUCCAAGUCACCCUAUCCAGCAUCGCUGGGAUCAUCGGGCUCUACGCUCGUCAACACACCGUCGAACAUGCCUCCGAGACGAGUACCAGCCAUGCCGCCGUCGGGCCAGGGCUUUGGCAGCCCAACCGAGUCCGAAUUCUCAGACGUUGAUGGCCCCGAUGCAGUCAAGAACUGGAAUGAGGACCAGGUCUGUGAAUAUCUUAGGAGCGUCAAGUGCGGGGAAUACGAGAAGCUGUUCAGGAAGAACCACAUCAACGGCGAGAACCUGCUCGAGAUGGACAAGGAGGUUCUGAAGGAGAUGGGCAUUGACAAGGUCGGCGAUCGAGUACGCCUGUUCCUAGGCAUUAAGAAGCUACGUACGAAGGCAUACGCGAACAUUAAGAAACGGAAUAGGGACUCGUUUGGUGUACUCGACUCCCAGUAUACGCCGUCGACUGGGUCACCAAGACCACCUCACUCCGGCAGCAGCAGAGCCAUGCCAACUCCGCCUUCCACCAAGCGGUACUCGCGACAGAUCGACCUCUCCAGCUUCGGAGGUCUCAGUGCCCCCAUGGACGCUGCAAGGUCUACCUCGCGGCCCAGCUCUCCUCUUCCGAGUGCAGAUAUUCGAGCUGUGCGGACGCAGCGGUAUCCCAACCAGCAACAUCCGCACAUGAGCAAUGCCACCCCUAGCUCUGCCGGCAGGCUACCCAGUUCACCCCCCGACCAGCCCCAGUCCGGACGCCUGGGUCAAGGUGUAAUUCGAGUCAUCUCGACAGGCGGCGUCACCAAAGUCGUAAAGAUCUCUGGAUGCAACACUUGCGAAGAGGUCAUGAGGGUAACGUUACGGAAAUUCGCCCUACGAGAAGAUCACGACCGGAAUUACUGCUUCUGGGUUCUGGCCGGUGUCGACCCCGACCCUAAGCAAUGUCGGCGGCUUGGCGACACUGAGCUCUGGCGCAUCAUUAAGGACCAGAAGCGGCCAGAGAGAAACCGCCUUAUUCUCAGACGUGUACCUUCAGGCGAGCCUGGCGAUUCCGAGCUUCAGAGAGCCGCAGCUAUCGCCAUGGAGGAGGCUCAACAGAACCACGCCCGUGCUCUGGAGACGGUACCAGGCAGAAGCCAGCUCAAGGUUCAGAAACUCCUUGGUGAAACCUGGGACGAGGGCCUCCAACAACCGCUUUCCCCGUUAUCAUUUCAGGAUCGCGAGAGGAAUUUCCAGAACGCAGCGCGGGACUUGGAGCGGCCAGCGUCUAGUGAUACCAGACCAACCCCACGGAAGAAGGGGAUCUUGAGGCAGUUUGGCGGCCUCAGACCCCCGAGCGAGCUUAUCACUUCUGAUUUGACAUCGUACUUCCCUGAUCACCCGAGAGAGGAUAUUGACCGCACAGCACGUUUAUCCAUGCGCCGCUCAACACGUCUCAGCCGGGUCAACAGCCGGUUGAGUGUGGCGAGCAACCUCAGCUUCGCGUCUAGCAUCCAAGAUGCACCCCCAAUCCCCACCAUUGCCGACAACUGGCUCAGCGCUACUAGCCAGGUGGCAAAGGUUCGGCCUAGAGAUCCUAGCCGUCUACAACACCAAUACCGAGACUCGGUUGCCUCGUCUGUGCUCGGCACCUUACAAGAGGAGUCGCCCAUCGAGCCCAAUCGGAAAUCGUAUGUUUCCUUCGCUGAUAGUGGAUCUGACAGCGCUGGCAUCAGCGUUACCGAUCCUGAUGGCCACAGCCACGUCAUGCGACAGAGCUACUUCGACGAAACAAGCACGCAAGGCUCUGGAUCGCUCAAAGAGAUAUCACAGGCCCUUGAACAGGACGGCGAGGAUGCUGACGAGGAACUGCAGAGUUUCCUUGCAGGCGAGUCUUGGGAUGACAAUAAAUGGAUGAAGGGUGCUCUCAUUGGCCAAGGUUCCUUCGGCUGUGUCUAUCUUGCACUUCACGCGGUGACUGGUGAGCUUCUUGCCGUGAAGCAGGUUGAGGCUCCUUCGCCAGGCGCCAACAGUGCAACCGAUGCUCGCAAGAAGAGCAUGAUUGAGGCCCUCAAGCGAGAGAUUGGCCUUCUGCGCGACCUACAACAUCCGAACAUUGUGCAGUACCUGGGAUGCAGUUCAUCCACAGAAUACUUGAACAUUUUCCUCGAGUAUGUCCCGGGUGGCUCGGUCCAGACCAUGCUCAAUUCCUACGGUGCACUGCCCGAACCUCUGGUGCGGAGUUUCGUUCGACAAAUUCUCAACGGUCUGUCUUACUUGCACAACCGAGACAUCAUCCACCGUGAUAUCAAAGGCGCCAAUAUUCUUGUUGAUAACAAAGGAACCAUCAAGAUCUCUGAUUUCGGAAUCAGCAAGAAACUCGAGGCUACUAACAUCCUUAAUGGCGCCAACAACAACAAGCAUCGCCCUUCGCUACAGGGUUCCGUGUUUUGGAUGGCACCCGAGGUAGUCAAGCAGACGUCGUACACACGUAAAGCCGACAUCUGGUCGCUUGGCUGCUUGGUCGUUGAGAUGAUGACGGGCAAUCAUCCAUUCCCAGACUGCUCCCAACUGCAGGCCAUCUUCAAGAUCGGAGGAGGCAAGGCGGCGCCGACCAUUCCCGAAGGCGCCAGCCCUGAAGCCGUUCAGUUCCUGACUGGAACUUUCGAAAUCGACCACAACCUCCGACCCAGCGCAGACGACUUGAUGCUUAGCCCGUUCCUAACUCCUAUCACGUAG